CUCUCCUUCCCCAUUUCCAAAUUCUCACCAAAGACCACCGCCUAAGAUGGAGCAGCAGCCACGAUCAACCAAAGUGGUUAAGGUUGCAACCGCAGCCACUGCAGGUGGGUCUUUCAUGGUCCUAUCUGGCUUGACACUGGCCGGGACAGUUGUGGCUUUGGCAUUAGCAACACCUCUGAUGGUUCUAUUCAGUCCGGUUCUAGUUCCAGCGACCAUAACUCUUUUCUUGAUAAUGGUUGGGUUUAUGAGUGCUGGUGGAUUUGGGGUGGCGGCACUGGGAGUGCUUGCAUGGAUGGUUAGAUAUCUGACUGGGAAGAAUUUGAUUGGAGCUGGACCAUUUGAUCAGGCUCGAACCAGGCUGGCUAGUAAGGUUCGUGAGAUGAAGGAAAAGGCAGAGCAGUAUACCACUGGAUCAUAGAUUUGUCAUUCAAUUAAUGCAUGCACAAGACAAGAAGGAUCGAUCUAAGUAAGAAUUAAGAAUUAAGAAUCAUGUGUCUAAGUAAGAAUUAAGAAUCAUGUGUUAACAUGAUCAUGAAUUAUUAAUUAAUUCAUCCUAGUAUGUUUAUUUGUGUUUGUGGUUUGUUGUGUUUGAUUUCUGAAUGGUUU